GACAGGCCCUGCGGCCGGUCCAUUCUGCCAUGUCUGACCUCGGCGACUGGUUCCGCAGUAUCCCCUUGAUUACUCGCUACUGGUUCGCCGCCUCCAUAGCUGUGCCCCUCGUCGGGAAACUUGGUCUCAUCAACGCUGUGAAUCUUAUCCUGUGGCCUGAAAAUUUCCUGCAUAAGUUCCAGAUAUGGAGACCGAUCACGGCAACAUUUUAUUUCCCCGUGGGGCCCAAAACCGGCUUCUUGUACAUGGUGAAUUUGUACUUCCUUUAUCAGUAUUCCACAAGACUGGAAACAGGCGCGUUCGAUGGACGGCCAGCGGAUUACGUCUUCAUGCUUCUGUUUAACUGGAUCUGCAUUGUGAUCACUGGAGUCAUAAUGAACAUGCAGCUGUUGAUGAUCCCCCUGAUCAUGUCGGUUCUGUAUGUCUGGUCCCAGCUGAACAGAGACAUGAUUGUGUCAUUCUGGUUCGGAACAAGAUUUAAGGCCUGUUACCUUCCUUGGGUCAUUCUUGGAUUCAACUUUAUUAUUAGUGGAUCGGUGGUCGAUGAGCUGAUUGGAAACCUGGUGGGACAUCUCUACUACUUCCUAAUGUUUAAAUACCCCAUGGAUCUCGGAGGGAGGAGCUUUCUUUCCACGCCACAGUUUUUGUAUCGCUGGUUUCCUAGCAGAAGAGGGGGCGUAUCCGGAUUCGGCGUCCCACCAGCCAGUGCCAGACGAGCGGAGGACGAUCAGCCGGCAGCGGGUAGAAGACACAACUGGGGGCAAGGUUUUCGUCUAGGAGACUAGUGAAAAACACACUUGGUAUCUCUUUAAAAAAAAGAGUGCGAGCAAGAACAUUUUUUUUUACGUUUUCUUUGUAAAUGUAGAACUUUCUGACUCUACCGCGCAGGAUGCAGCAACUGAAACAGCCGCGGGCCAAAUGAGGAGAUUAAGUUGCGCCGAUGUUGCAACUGAUGCAAAAGCAACUAUACAUUCAGCCUGCUGUCUGUCCUGAUUUGAUUACUUUUCCUGAAAAAUCACAGACCGGAAACAUGUUGAUUAUUCUCAACAGAGUAGAAUUAAAAAUGUUAUUUCCACCAUAACCUGACAGUUUGGAGGUAACCGAGACAACCCGAUUGUCAGCGGGUUCUGCACUUUUGUGUCUCUCUCUCCUGAGCAACAUUUUCAGGUAAACGGAUGUGAAGUUCUAGUAAUGUCGGGGAGGAAAUAAACAGAAAUGUAUUUAAACUUAA